AUGAUCUCCAUGAUAGUAAAGAAGCAUUUUUCUGAAAUGCUAAGACCGGUGUUUGCUAUGUUACACUGUUUGGAGGGUGUUUCAAAGCUGAUGUCUUUUUUGAAACAAGGGGGAGAAGGUAGCUCCAAAGUUGAAACGAAUGAACCCCCCAAAGAUCCAAUUAAAUCUCCUGUCAUCAAGCAAGAACCAAAGAAGAAAGAAAAGCUAUUCAGUGAAGAGCCUAUUAUUGAGGAUAGUAAAGACGAAGAGUCUGAUGAAGCUGAGCUUAAAAGGCGGAAGGCUCGUGAGGUAGAGAUUGAUGAAUAUGCUCGCAACGUCAGAGAGGCAGAAGAAAAUGAAAGAGUUGAGAAGGAAGCUCAGGCCACUCUUAAAAGAAAAUGUUAUUAUUUCCUAAGUAGACCCUGA